GGCUGUAUGAAUUCAUCGUUAUGCCCUUCGGCCUUACGAAYGYGCCWGCCACRUUUCAGUCCCUCAUGGACAAGGUACUCCGCCACCAACUUAACAAGUUUGUGGUUGUGUAUCUUGAUGACAUUCUGAUUUUCAGCAAGUCCAUGGAGGAGCACGUUAAGCAUCUUCAGGAGGUCUUGCAAGUCCUCAAAGAUGCUCAACUGCACCUCAACUUGGAAAAAUCUGAGUUUGGUAGGGACAGCGUCAUGUAUCUCGGACACCGGUUAUCUGCGAGCGGCCUUGAGCCGGAGGCAACCAAGGUUGAGGUCAUCCGCAACUGGCCUCAACCGGCAAAUGUACGCGAGCUGCGUUCUUUCCUUGGUUUGGCUUCUUAUAAGCUCUCUGUCAUUGCUCAUCCACUAUCACGCCUGACUAGUAAGAAUGUUGCCUAUGCGUGGUGUGAAAAGUGUGAGACUGCGUUCCAAACCUUGAAAGAGGCUUUGGUGAGUCAUCCUGUGCUCCGCAUUGCGGAUCCCAACCUCACGUUCAUAUUCACUACGGACGCGAGCCAGUUUGGGAUUGGUGCGGUGCUGCAACAAGAUGAUGGCGAUGGCUUGCGUCCGCUCGAAUAUUACAGCAAACGCAUGCCCAGCCACAAGUAUUUGACUUGCCUGGUGGAUUCGUACGACCUCCGCAGGAAACUGAAGGAGGAUCUGAUCGAACACACCGCCAAGGAUCCGGACCUUAGUCCCAUCCUUGAGCAGCUCAAGGCAGACCCCAACAGCCAGCCUAAUUUUCAUGAAUGCGAUGGUCUUGUAUUCCGCCGGUACGGGAAAUUUGAUCGCUUGUGUGUUCCUAACCAUGCGCCUCUCCGGAAUCAUUUCCUGGAUUUGGCACAUGGUCGGAGUGGGCACUUCGGCUUUGAGAAGACUUAUGGGAGUCUUCUCCAGCAGUUCGAUUGGUCGGGGAUGAAGGGAUCUGCUCAGAAAUUUAUUGUUGAGUGUCAAGUCUGUCAGAGAACCAAGGUCCACAGGCAUAAGCCUUAUGGCCUGCUGAGACCUCUCCCAAUCCCUGAUGGCCCCGGGGAAUCGGUCUCCAUCGAUUUCACGAACAUGGGAAAGGUGAGUACGAAAGGGAAUUCACAAGUCAUGGUCAUUGUGGAUCGCUUCUCUAAAUUUCUGAAUCUGAUUCCUCUACCUCCCUAUGCACCAACUGAACUGGUGAUCGAAGAGUUUCACCAGCAGUACAUUCUGCAGUAUGGGCCCCCGAAAACUCUUAUGAGUGAUCGGGACACCAGAUUCAUCAGCAAGGAUUGGAAGGACUUCACUGCCCAGAUCUAUGACAUCAAACUGAACAUGACUUCUGGUCGACACCCCGAAGCCAACGGAUUGGCUGAGGAAAUCAACCAGACCGUCACCCAGCUGUUGCGCGCAUUGAUUGUGCCAGAUCAGAACACAUGGGAUAAGGACUUGCAUAAAGUAAACGGGCUGUACAACAACUCCAUCCAUUCUGCAACCGGUGUGACACCAAACCAGUUGCAGUAUGGAUGGCCAAUGCGCAAUCCCCUCUCCUACCUGUUCCCAGAACGGUCACCUGAUCUGAUGUCCGGCAUGCCUGGCUACAAUGCCAAGUACGCACGCUUGCUCAAAGUUGUGACCGCAGCCAUGAACAAGCGCCAGCAUGCCAUGAUCAAACAUGCUAAUAAGAUAAGCAGAGAAGAGAAAUUCAAAGUAGGAGAUUAUGUCUGGGUCAAAAUGUCUGAAUUUUCUGAGGAAGAGGGCGCUUCACGGAAGCUUCUUCCACUAUACUACGGCCCUUGGCAGAUUCUGAAAGUGAUUGAGGUUGAUUUCGGUCCUUCAUAUGUGAUUGACGUGCCGCCUCAUCUGCGCACGUACCCAGUCUUCCAUGCCUCCAAACUGUUUCCGCACAUUGAUGACAAGACUUUUCCCUUCCGAGACCCUAUGAUACCUCGCCCUAUCGAUGGUGGCCAUGAGAUCGACCGAAUUGUUUCUCACGAAGGGAGAGGGAGGAACAAACAAUAUAAAGUCCACUUCCUCUAUCACCCGUUGAAUUAAUUUUUCUGGAUCGACCGGAAAGAGCUGUUGAAGAGUGCGCCACGUGUUGUGAACGCAUAUGAACGACAGAUUGUUGAUGGACAGACCACCAAGUUUGCUGCAAAACUCACUCCGUUCGGUCUCACUAACACUC